AUGCCCUUCGUCCUUCGGUUUGUAUCGACAAGCAAUAUGACUUUAGACUUGAGAGGAUUGACACCAGCACCAGUUACGCCAUUCAGUAAGGAUGGUUCCGUUGACUACGAAGCCAUUCAAAGAUUGGGCUCUUGGUUGGGCUCAAUUGAUGGAGUAAAGGGAUUAGUUGUUCUUGGACACGCUGGUGAAGGCACCUUUUUGACUCCUGACGAACAGGUGCUGGUUAUUAAGGCAUUUGUUAAAUCCGUGGAUAACAAGAUUCCAAUCAUCGCCGGCAUCACUGGUGAAGGUACGGAGGUUGCAGCGUUUGAAGCCAAGAGAGCCAAAGAGGCCGGAGCUUCUGCUGGGUUGCUUUACCCAUCGCAUGGCUGGUUGAGAUUUGGUUACCAGCCAGGAGCACCUCAAGAUAGAUACAAGAGUGUUUAUGAGUAUUCUGGUCUUCCAUUGAUCUUGUUCCAGUACCCUGACAACACCAAGGCCACCUACAAUUUGCAAACUUUAUUGGACAUUGCUGCUCAGCCAGGAGUCUUUGCCAUGAAGAAUGGUGUUAGGAAUAUGAGAAGAUGGGAUACAGAGAUUCCUGUCAUCAAGAAAAAGAACCCAGAUUUGCAAGUUUUGUCUUGUCAUGAUGAGUACUUGCUUCACACUGCUUUUGAUGUUGAUGGCUUCUUGGUCGGCUACGGAAGCAUUGCCCCCGAACCAUUGAUUGAGUUAAUCAAGGCCGGUAAGGCUCAGGAUUACAAGAAAGCCAAGGCUAUUCACAAUCAAUUAUUGCCAGUUACAAAGGCAGUUUAUCACAGAGGCUCCCAUAUGGAGGGUACUGUGGCAUUGAAACAUGCCCUUGUUAGCAGAGGUAUCUUGAGCCAUGCUACCGUGAGAACUCCAUUGCUUCCCUUGCCUGAAGGUGCGGAUGUUGAGAUCCACAAUGCUGUUCAGCUGGCUCUGUUGUCCAAGGUCGCAUAA